AUGGACUCCGGGCCUACAGCGGGCUGGCGGGUAUUCUUCUCUUGUGCGAUCGACAUCUCCAUCGCGGUGCAGAAGCAGCCCGACUACUCGUUCAAUCCAGUGUGCGCCGUGCUCAUCACGGAGGCGAUCAAGCUGUGCCUCUCAACGGCGGUGUACGCGGCCUCCUUUCUCGGCAGGGCGAGGCGGGUGGUUCCUGCGGAGUUCUCCUUCUCCGAUAUGCUGUAUAUGGCCGUGCCGGCAGCCAUUUACUCUGUGAACAACAUUUUGGUGUUCCACGCCAUACAACAGAACAGCAUGAGCGAUUUCGGAAUAUUCCGUGACACGAUGAUUCUGUGGACCGCGAGUUUGUGGAGAUUCGUCUUCAAGGUACCGCUCGGGUACACCCGUCUGAUGGGCAUAGUCGUCGUCUUCAUGGGGCUUAUCGUGAACAAGGUCGCCUCGACGGUCAGCUCCGGGGAGAUCACCUGGCGAUUCCUGUGGGUGGUGGCGAUGACGCUCUGCAACUCGGCCGGGAGCGUCGCGAACGAGUACGCGUUGAAGCGGAACAGCGGCCUGGACAUCAACGUGCAGAACAUGUUGCUGUACAUGUUCGGCGCGCUGUUCACCACGGCCAUCCUCCUUCUCACCGACCCGCAGCGCUUCGGCUCCCUGUCUGCAGGAUUCUCGAGCCCGACGUGGCUCACGAUCGGCCUUCAGUCCAUCGUGGGGCUGCUGAUCGCCCGCCUCCUGAAGUAUUCGGACGCCGUGAUGAAAUCCGUUGCCACCUGCCUUCGAGGCCCGCUCGUGGUGCUCGUCUCACCCCUGUUCACCCACGUCCCCUCGACGGCCAUCUCGUGCCUGUCCGCGCUGAUCGUGGCCAGUGGCUGCCUGACGUACCUCACCCAGGGGCCGAUCAGCGCUGCUGGCGCCGCCGGCAAGAAGUGA